AUGACGGGUGGAGAGCAGACAUCACCAAAAACCAAUUCCAAACAUUCAAGCACCAGCAACACCAAUCCCAGUAUGGAUUCAUCACAUCCGUACUUUGUUUCUCAUUCAGAUCACCCCGGCCUCAUGCUCGUUCCCAUAAAAUUGAACGGCACCAAUUACCCAUCUUGGAGCAAAUCCAUGAUUCAUGCUCUCACAGCCAAGAACAAAAUUGGCUUUGUCAAUGGAUCCAUUAAGCCUCCUUCAGAAACUGAACAGCCGACAGAAUAUGCUCUCUGGAAUCAAUGCAACAGUAUGAUUUUAUCAUGGUUAGCUCACUCGGUGGAGCCUGAUCUAGCCAAAUCAGUCGUUCAUGCCAAGACCGCCCAUCAAGUGUGGGAAGAUUUCCAAGAUCAAUUCUCACAAAAGAAUGCACCAACAAUAUAUCAGAUACAGAAGUCCAUCGCCUCUCUCUCACAAGGCACCAUGACAGUAUCAGAAUAUUACACAAAACUCAAAGAUCUUUGGGAUGAAUUAGAGACAUAUCAAACCUCGCUUAUCUGUAACCAGAUGAAGGCACAUAAUGAACAAAAAGAAGAAGAUCGGAUGAUGCAGUUUCUUAUGGGCCUUAAUGACACCUACAACGGUGUUCGUAGCAACAUCCUCAUGAUGACGCCAUUGCCAAAUGUUCGUCAAGCCUACUCACUCGUCAUUCAAGAUGAAACACAGCGCCAAAUGACCUCGGGUUCCACAGAAAAUUUUUCCAUUGCCGCUGCGAUACAGAACCGCUCUCACAAUUUCUCAAAUAAUUCCAAACACUGUGCUCACUGUGACAGGAACGGCCAUACAAUUGAAGACUGUCGGACGUUAAAGUUUUAUUGCCCAUAUUGUGAUAAGAAUGGCCACACUGAGGAUCGAUGCAAAUUCAAAAAUGGGACAUGGGUUUCCAACAGUACAGGACCCCAGAACAAUCGGCACCACCAAGGACAUAGAGGAAAUCAACAGCAACAGAAACAAGGGAGCAACCGCAGUCAGCGAGGAUCCUUUCAUGCUGUCAACGCAGCAGACGCAACCCAAGUUGGGGCUCAGCAGCAAUCCACAGUCGCACCAGCCCAGUUCCCGAGUUUUAACAAUUGGGCACCACAACCAGCCCAAUUGUCUCAUCCGCCAACCUCUCAACCGAACCCUCUCCAUGGGCUCUCUGCAGACCAGCUUCAACAACUAGCCCAUGCUGUCUCUCUGUUAAAUUCGAAUAAUGCUUCUGGUAAUAGCCAUGCUUAUGCUAAUGCCGCAGGUCUGUCUCAAUUUCCCGUUGCCUCAAUUAAUUCUGUAUUCACCAAACCUUGGAUUUUGGACAGCGGAGCUACUGAUCACAUCACGUCCGACCCCACACUUUUUACACAAACAAAGUCUUCACAAAUACCAAUUGUCAAUUUACCCACUGGGUCUUCUGCCCAAAUCACUUCCACUGGGACAGUCCCGUUCAAUUCAGAUAUCACUUUAGAUAAUGACUUGGCUACGGGGAAGAUGAUUGGCUCGGGUAAGCAGCAUGGUGGUCUUUAUUACAUGUCUCCAUUGCAGAAAACACCUGUCACUUAUCAAGUUUCUCAUCCCUCCCAUUUGUGGCACAUGCGCCUUGGACACCCGUCACCUUCGCUUGUCCACCCUACUCAUAAAUUUGACCCUCGCGCUCAACGUUGCGUCUUUGUUGGAUACCCCACUGGUCAGAAAGGUUACAAACUUUACAAUUUAGAGACUAAGAAAUUUCUCGUUAGCCGUGAUGUCAAGUUUUGUGAACACACUUUUCCUUUUUCUGACAUUUCCACCCCCACCGCUUCCACUUUUGUGCCACCCCACCUUCCACACGCUAGCCUUGAUCACACUGAUCGCUGGACCCAACACACCCCACAUGCUAAGCCGGGCCCCCCACUUGAGCCAUCCCAACUGAGUCCCACCCAGCCAUCAACACCUGACGCCCCUCCAACCACGUCAUCCCAUGGACCCGCGCCUGACGAGCCCUCCCAUCUUGACAGCCCAAUCCGACCUGUGUCUCCCCAACCCCCCUCCCACGUCCCAACAGACUUGUCCCCCCUUCCAGCCAAUCCUCCCUCAUCUCUUUCACCCACUUCCGAAUCCUCUCUCAUGCAUAACCAUUCCCCCAACCCCAUUCCUUCUAUUCCCCUUCCACGCCAGUCACUUCGUCCUAAGCAACCCCCUGUUUGGCAUAAAGAUUACCACCUGUCCAACCGAGCCGGUCACUCAACCUCGGCGCUUUGUUCUUCAUCAGGUCACACCGAACCUACAUCAUAUGCUCAAGCUAUCCUUGAUCCCAAUUGGCAACAGGCCAUGUCUGCAGAAUUAGAGGCUUUGCAGCACAAUCAUACUUGGAGUUUGGUUCCUCUUCCCCUUGGUCAUAAACCGAUCGGCUGCAAAUGGGUUUACAAAAUCAAAUACAGGUCUGAUGGCACCAUUGAGCGCUACAAAGCUCGCCUUGUUGCUAAAGGCUACACUCAAGUUGAGGGAAUUGAUUACCAAGAAACCUUUUCUCCUACAGCCAAACUCACCACCCUCCGCUGUCUACUCACUGUUGCUGCUGCCCGCCACUGGUUCAUCCAUCAACUGGACGUUCAAAAUGCCUUUCUUCAUGGUGAUUUGAAUGAAGUGGUUUACAUGGAACCUCCUCCUGGUCUUCGCCGACAGGGGGAGAACACUGUAUGUCGGCUCAACAAGUCCCUUUACGGACUCAAACAAGCUUCCAGAAACUGGUUCUCCACCUUUUCAGACACCAUUCAGAAAGCUGGUUAUCAACAAUCAAAGGCUGAUUACUCUCUUUUUACCAAAGCUCAAGGCACUUCAUUUACUGCUGUACUUAUUUAUGUUGACGACAUACUUCUCACAGGCAAUGAUCUUCAGGAAAUGGAACACCUCAAAACAUUCCUUUUGAAACGCUUCCGCAUCAAAGAUCUCGGAGAUUUGAAAUAUUUUUUGGGCAUUGAAUUCUCUCGCUCCAAGAAAGACAACUUUCCAAUGGAACAGAAUUUGAAACUAACUCCCACAGAUGGAGAACUGCUGCAUGAUCCAACUAAGUACAGAAGACUGGUUGGUAGACUAAUUUAUCUCACUGUCACAAGGCCUGACAUAGCCUAUUCCGUUCGAACAUUGAGUGAAUUUAUGCAUCAACCACGAAAACCUCAUUGGGAUGCUGCCUUACGGAUCCUCAAAUAUGUCAAGGGUACUCCUGGUCAAGGUUUGUUAUUUCCUGCCUCUAACAAUCUUGCCUUGAAAGCUUUUUGUGAUUCAGAUUGGGGAGGUUGUCGUGCCACAAGGAGGUCAGUUACAGGAUAUUGUGUUUUUCUUGGAAAUGCCCUAAUCUCAUGGAAAUCCAAGAAACAAACUAAUGUUUCUAGAUCAUCAGCAGAAGCUGAAUAUCGAGCCAUGGCUAAUACUUGUUUGGAGCUGACUUGGUUGCGCUACAUAUUACAGGAUUUAAAGGUCCUACAGACAGUUCCUGUGCCAUUAUUUUGUGAUAAUCAGGCAGCUUUGUAUAUUGCAGCAAAUCCUGUUUUUCAUGAACGUACAAAGCACAUUGAAAUAGAUUGUCACAUAGUUCGAGAAAAAUUGCAAGCCGGAAUGAUUAGUCCUUCAUAUGUACCUACACGCUUCCAGCUGGCAGAUGUGUUUACGAAGGCCUUGGGAAAGGAUCAAUUUGUGACACUACGAGACAAGUUGGGUCUUCAUGAUAUUCACUCUCCAACUUGA